AUGGAAAAGAAACUUCAAGCAAAAGAUGAAGUCAUUGAAGCAAAAGACAAAAGCAUUCAGAAAAGAAUACCACGUUCGGUACCAAAAGGAAAGGAAAAGAACUAUAAGUAUAUGAUUUAUACUGAAGAGAUGGAAAAUGAAGAAGAUAAAGAUAUGGUUAUGUUGCAUUUAGUCAGAAGAAACAACAAAAGCUUUUACGACCUUGCUAAGAUUUACAAAUCUGACAGAAAUUGGUUCUAUCGCGAAAACUUACCGAUUUCAAUGACACCGAAUGAAGAUGUGAAACAAAUAGUUCAAGAUACGUUACCUCAAACACACUAUGAUAUGAAAGGUUGUACAAUACUUACCUUCAAAGAAGACUUACCGCUACUGAAGGAAAAAAUAACAGAGUAUUUUGACAACUUCAAACAAGCAGAGUAA